AUGGAGACACACGGAGAUGUACGUGCGAAGUGUGAUGCAAGUGAUCACCUAGCUUGUGAUUGUAAGGCUCAUAGAUGCCGCUGGUGUGGGUCUUCCUACGAGGUGGAGUGUGGGAAAUGUAAAAGUGAUCUGGCAAGAAAGAGGAACGUCCCGGCAGAUGUAAGGCCAUCGGCUUGGGGAGGCGUGGCUGAGCCGAAGAGUACGCCAUGGGUGUCAGAGGAGAACUUUCCACGUUUUGAAAGUACAGAGGAGCAGGAAGUGCAGCAGGAGGUUGUAGAGGAAGCAAUCAAGUCGGGCACCACAAUCGUAGAGAAGGUUGGUGAAGUUAAUGUGAAUGAAGUAGUCAGUGGUAAGAAAGAGGGAGAAAUAGGGGCCUGUGAUAACCAGCAAGAGGCAAAAGAAAAAGGUUUAGAGCACGAAAUGAAGGUCAGCAAGGAGGUGGAGGAAACCGCAAAUGAUGAAAGUAAGAGUGAAGGAACGGAAGAAAAGCGAGGGUCAGAAGCUCGCAAUGGCAAUGUUGAAGAGGAAGCAAGCCCGGACGAUGCUUCCUCUGUAACAAGCACAACCUUAAGCGUGUCUUCAGUGUCACAAGUUACAUAUUCUGAGAGUGGAGAAAGCUUCCACACGAUGGUAUCAGAGGAAAGUGAGGGACAAGAAAGCGAGGAAGUUGAUAGGAAGGGUCGUGGUAUGGCUUUGAAAAGGAGAAGGGCAUCUAGAAAGCCAAAAAAAGGUGGCAGAACGGCGAAGGUUGAUAUUUAA